UUCACUCAAGCAGCCCACAUCUCUCGCUCAAGGUAUCAGCUGCGCAAAGUGUCAUCUUUUCAACAGUGGACCAGUUCUUAACUUGUAUCGCUCCUGUGAUUUAGUCGAUAUAGUAGUAUUCAGCUUGGGACCAUCAUACCUAACGAUCAACUCGACCACCAUCCAUUCAUAAUUCUGCCAAAAGGAAGAAAAAAAAGAGGAAAAUGUCGCGCCAAAGUACCCUGGACUUGGACCGCUACAGCAGCCUGAGUAACAGUCAGACCCGCCGCACAACCACCAACAGCACCAAGACCAGGAGCCUGUCCCGGGGCCAGGAGAGGACCGGGGAUGUCAUGUGUGACUUCUGCACUACCAGAAAGGAGCGGGCGGUGAAGUCGUGCCUGGUGUGCCAGGCCUCCUUCUGCGAGGACCACGUCCAGUCCCACUACGAGUACCCGGCGCUGAUGAAGCACAAGCUAGUGAAGGCCACGGGUCAGAUGAGGGAGAAGCUCUGCGCCCAGCACGAUAAGCUACUGGAGGCCUACUGCCGCACCGACAACACGUCCGUGUGCGUCCUUUGCAUGAUGGACGAGCACAAACACCAUGACACCGUUCCCGCCGGGACAGAGAGGACCGAGAAGCAAAAACAGCUUGGCAAUACUCUUCACAAAUCUCAACAGAGGAUUGACGGGCGAGUGAAAAAGUGGCAGGACCUCAAACAAGCUGUGGAAUCAGUAAAACAUUCAGCCCUGACAGCCCUGGAUGAAAACGAACGUAUCUUCACUGAGAUUCUGCGCACCGUGGAGAGGAAGUUCAUCGAAGUACGCGAGAUGAUCGAAUCUCACGAGAAGAUCACUAUUUCAAGGGCCGAGAUACUGCUUGACCGCCUGGAGGAGGAAAUAACCCUGAUGAGGAAGAAACACAACGACCUAGAGAAGCUCUCACACACUGACGACCACAUCCACUUCCUCCAUAGUUGGCAGGCUCUGUCUGGACCAUCAGGAUAUGAGGACCUCAACAACGUAGUAGUAGCUCCCAACUACUCCUUCGAGGCCACCAAGAGAGCCAUCGCUGCCCUGAAGAUGGAGGUGGAGGAGGCCACCAAGGCAGAGACCAGCAAGAUCUCUUCCGCAGUGAAAGAGGUGCACAUAACAAAACAAAUGGACACGAAGACAGAGAGAGCAGAUGACACAGUAGUGGUCAGCGAGCCUCGACGGGAACCACAACGGGAACCACAACGGGAACCACAACGGGAACAACAACAACAACAACAACCAAGGACCAGACAAGAUUUCCUCAAAUAUGCUUUCCAGUUGAUCCUUGACUCAAACACCGUCCACCCUAAUCUUCAACUCUCUGAUGGAAACAAGACGGCUACCAUGGUGCAGAACCCCAAAAAUUAUUCCAGCCACCCUGAGAGGUUUGACCAAUGGCAACAAGUUCUUGGAAGAGAGAGUGUGAGUGGCAGUCGUUACUACUGGGAGGUGGACUGGAGAGGGACGGAGACUGACGUCGCAGUGACCUACAGGGGCAUCAAACGCAAAGGCAGCGGCAACGAAUGCAGCCUUGGUUGGAAUGAGAAGUCCUGGAGCCUCUAUUGCUCGGAGUCCAAAUACUCCUUUGUGCACAACAAUAAGAGCACAGAGUUAGAGGUGCCAAGGUCGUCCCGGGUCGGAGUUUACCUGGAUUACAGAGCAGGGAUCCUUGCCUUUUACAGUGUUUCUGAAAGCAUGAUCCUGCUGCACAAGAUCCAGACUUCUUUCACCGAGCCCAUCUACCCUGCCUUUAGCGUGUGGGGCUUCGGUUCUAGUAUCAAACUGCUGUAGUGCAGGGCAGGCUAUUUAUUAUACAUGAUAUGGUUGGUUGUUGUUUUUUCUUUCCAACUUUUUCUUCCAUCAUAAAUUUACUGUUGGAAUUUUUUUUUAGAAAUGUAUGAUCAUCAGACCUUUUAUUGUGUGUCUAGUUGAACAAUAAGCAGUUCAAUUAUGUCAUUUUGUCUACUGAUCGGUGAUCUGUCCCCCGCUGUUUUAACUUUCAGGUUUUAUUGCAUUUUGUGUAUUUAUUUUAUUAUUCAUUUUUCGUUCAGUUGUAUGAGGAUUUCUCAUCAACGUUGCAAUGAGAAAUCUACUCAUGAUUGGUCGGGGUUGGGGGAUAAUCUGAUAGUCGAUAUUGUGGUGGGAAUAACAGUUGAAUAGGCUACUAAUACAACUUUGAAUAAAAAAUAAAUAAAAACUA